CCACAGCAAGUCACAACUUCCACCGUCCGUCGACAUGUCGUCUCCAGGAAUAGCAGAUAUCGAAGCAAGGCGGGCGAGGCUGCACACGGGCCCGGAAGACGCGGUGCAGUACAGAUAUGACGUACGGGACGUCCAUGAUGCCGACUUUUUGUCCGUGUAUUUCCGGUUCGCCCUUGAUCAAAAGCCGCUUUGCUGCGGCCAGGCUGCGGAUGGAUCCUCCCGACGACGAGCAGACGACACGGAGGGGCCAGGGAACCUGUAGAGUCACCCUUCACACAGCCUUCAGCCUACUCCCGCGGACGAAUGCCGCCUUUACGUUCCCCCUCGUCCAGGACGAUUUGCAGCUCUUCGACGUCAUAUCGAUGCUCAAGGGCACCUACAGGCAUGCCUCUCACCUCGGCCAGAAUGCCAUGUUGAACCUCCACAGCGACUUGACCGCUUUCAAUUUCCUCAAUGUCAACGGCGACGAUGACUGGGACGGGUGUCGGGAUUGGGUAGCCCAGGCCUUCAUCCGCUUCUACCAUGCAGGUUGGGUCUUCUGGACGGUCCAGGACAGCCUCAAUCCUCCAUCCACCACGUCCACCGGUUCCGUGAAUAGCAUGGCGAGGCUAUUGGUGCCUCGCAAAGGCGCCGCACCGAUUGAGUGGGAGGGUGCCUGCUUCCACCACGUCAUCGGCCUCUCCAUCGAGAAGCCAGUGCUGGCCGAGGAAACCCCAGACUGGGCAACUACGUACUACUCGGACGUGCCGCUGGCGACUGGCGAGUUCCUGGACCGCCAGCAUCGACACCAGGGGGCAGUAAUGCUGCAAGACGGCACCCAUACCGGGCUGCCGUAUCCGUGGAUCAGGCGAGGCAGGCGUAGAGCUCAUCGAUGGGAAAACGUCUGUAUAUCCUGA